GUUGGUCAAACUACUUCAUGCACUCCUGGUUGUCUUGUCAACCCAUGUCAAAAUGGCGGAAGUCACGAGUCAUUGUUCCCCACAGAUUGCACAAAACCUCGCUUUAAAUGCAACUGUCCAAUGGGUUAUACAGGAAAUCUCUGUCAAGAUGUGGUUAAAUCCUGUCGUUGUUACGUCAAUGGUAGACGAGUUCCAGGAUUAUACUUGGUCUUUGAUGACAACAUGAAUCCCUUUGAUGUUUUCUGUGAUUUCGAUUUGAAUUCAACGAUGACAUGGACACUGGUUCAGUCAUAUGAACUACGAAAGAAAGAAUUAUUUUCCCACAAGGGCUUUAAUUUGAAUUUCUCUGUUGAUGAAAACACCCCUCGUUGGGAUGCAUAUCGUCUUUCAAAACCGAGAAUGCAAUCCAUCCAAAAAGAUUGCAGUAAAUUUCGUAUGGCAUGCAACUAUGAUACUGACGGCGUUGUUUUUCGUGAUUACCUUCAAGUAUCCAAUGAUCAAAUGGAUAUAAUAACAUUCGUGAAAGGUGGCGUGUGCAUUUUCGUGGAAUGGAUUAAUAUCCGAGGACAAGAGUGCAAAAACUGCACUGCAUUGCUGGGUCAAGGUGGCCAUUAUAAAUUCUCUCUGCAUAGUGAUUCUUAUUUCGCUGGAGGUGCAGGUUGUGAAUUUGCGCCAAACAAUGGUCUUUAUUGUUCCGGGCAUGGAGAAGAUAAUUUUGGCCUCUAUGAUUGUGUCAAUCCAGCUCACAGAUGUUCCUCGUCUCAGUCAGCAACAACACAGUCUUGGUUUGGUGGCAAUUGA